AUGGCGUCCAACUGCAAUCAUAUGCCCCGUUACUCAUUGACUUCACAAUCAGGAGAUGACAUUCCUUUCUGCAACUCGGGUACAUCUAUCUAUCUAUCUAUCUAUCUAUCUAUCUAUCUAUCUAUCUAUCUAUCUAUCUCGGUCUGUUGUAUAACACUACGAUUCAUCUAUCUCAGUCUGCCCAUCUUUCUUUCUUUUUUCUUUCUUUCUUUCUUUCUAUCUAUCAAUCUUUCUAUUUGUCUGCCUCAAUGUUUCUAUGUAUCUCAGUCUGCUCAUAUCUAUCUAUCUAUCUAUCUAUCUAUCUAUCUAUCUAUCUAUCUAUCUAAGUCUGUUCAUAUCUAUCUAUCUCAUCCUAUUCAUAUCUAUCUAUCUAUCACAGUCUGUUCUUAUUAUCUAUCUAUCUAUCUAUCUAUCUAUCUAUCUAUCUAUCUAUCUAUCUAUCUCAGUCUACUCAUAUCUAUCUAUCUAUCAAUCUAUCUCAGUCUGUUCAUAUCUAUCUAUCUCAGUCUACUCAUAUCUAUCUAUCUAUCUAUCUAUCUAUCUAUCUCAGUCUGUUCAUAUAUAUCUAUCUCAGACUACUUAUAUCUAUCUAUCUAUCUAUCUAUCUAUCUAUCUCAGUCUACUCAUAUCUAUCUACCUAUCUAUCUAUCUAUCUCAGUCUGUUCAUAUCUAUCUAUCUAUCUAUCUAUCUAUCUAUCUCAGUCUGUUCAUAUCUAUCUAUCUAUCUAUCUCAGACUACUCAUAUCUAUAUAUCUAUCUAUCUAUCUAUCUAUCUAUCUAAGUCUACUCAUAUCUAUCUAUCUAUCUAUCUAUCUAUCUAUCUAUCUCACUAUGUAUUUAUCUCAAUUUGAUUAUCUGUUCUUUCUUUCUCUCUCUCCCCUAACCCACACUUACUUUCUCUCUCUCUCUCUCUCUCCCUACCCCACACUUUCACUCUCUCUCUCUCUGUGUAUCUAUAUCAGUCUGAUCACAUCUGUCUGUCUGUCUGUAUAUCUAUCUAUCUAUCUAUCUAUCUAUCUAUCUAUCUAUCUAUCCCGUUCCUUUUCGUAUCUAUCUAUCUAUCUAUCCAUCUAUCUAUCUAUCUAUCGAUCAGAGGAAAAUAUCAGACUUAGUAGUAGAAGAUAUUUACCGUUUUCCUUCUCACAAUUCCUUGUUUUUCCUUCACAUUCUUCCUUCUUUUCUUUUCAUUUUUCAAUUCCAUUAGCCCCUCUUUUUCUUCUUUCAUUUUGUUCAACUUCUACUUUUCAUAAAUAUUUAUCUAUCUAUCUAUCAAAGACUGUUCUUAUCUAUCUAUCUAUCUAUCUCAUAUAUAUAUCCCUCUCUUAUUUCUAUCUCUCUACUUUCUUUCUCACUCCCUUUAUCUCUCUCUCACUCUCACUCUCACUCUCUCUCUCUCUCUCUCUCUCUCUUACCCUUUCUCACACUCUCCCUUUCCCUUUCUCACUAUCUCUCGCUCCCUCUCCCUCCCUCUCACUCUCACUGUCUCUCACUCUGUCUCACCUUCUCUCUCACUCUCUCUCACUCUCACACUUUCUUACACUCUCCCUCUCUCACUAUCUCUCUCACUCUCCAUAUCCAUUUCUCUCUCACUCUCUCUCACUCUCUCAUUCUCUCUCUCGCUAUCUCUCACUCUCUCAUUCUCUCUCUCGCUCUCUCUUUCCCUCACUCUCUCUCACUCACUCUCUUAUGUUCUUGUGUACAUCAAAUAAAAUUUGCUCCCCUAUCUCUCUUUGCUGA